AUGGACACGAACACCCUGAAUAACUCCUUGAUCUCAAUUUUUGCUGCAAUUCUGGCAAUAUGUACAGUCAAGAAGAUCCUAGGAUCAUCAAGGAAGGAGAAGAAAAAAUACCAUCCAAUUGCUAGAACAAUGUUGCAUCAGCUGCUUAAUUUCCGUAGAUUGCUUUCCCUUAACAACAGUGAAGUCUACACUGCAGACCCUGCAGUAGUUGAAUAUGUACUCAAAACAAAUUUUGUAAACCAUGGCAAGGCAGGACCAAGAAUCUGUCUUGGAAAAGAGUUUGCCUACUGGCAGAUGAAAAUUUAUGCUGCUGUGCUGCUUGGUGUCUUCUCGUUUAAGUUGAAUGAUGAAAAGAAAGCUGUCAAAUACAGGACAAUGCUAACACUGCAGAUCAAUGGGGGCCUCCAUCUUCGCGCUGUUCACAGAUUCGGAUGCUGA